AUGUUCGCCUUGACAACACCUUCGACGACUGAUAAUCAGGCUUCUCCAACAGAUGCUAACUUGGACAUAACGCAGAUAACCACAAUCAUCGAUCGACCCAUGAUCAUCCGUGGCACCGGUGUGUCAAGAGCGUACCACGCGGAAAUAACCGGCGUGGAAGCAGAAGAAAGAAUUCGCCGCCAUGAAGGCCGUCGCUACCAGAUCGUUAGAAUGGCGGACGGCUCUGAAUUUGCCUUUCCUGCUGCACCAUCAGGGUAUGAACGCGAGGACCCACCACCGCCGGAACGUGCAGCAGAUAUCUCCUUCCCGCCUGCUCUUCGCAGUCCUUCACAUUUUGAUGACUCCUCGUGGAUAUAUCAGCCUCCAGGUCAGCCGCUAAACAAUUUAUCGCAUGUAUUUGACGGGGCCUCCGGAGAUACAUCUGGGCUAAGAGCUAUGCCCAUAUAUUCUCCCGCGUAUCCAGUCACCCCCGUGAGUCAGCAGUUUCGCGAAUACUCGGCGUCAGAUCCUGGAGCUCAAGAUGACGGAGAAUGGCGUUCUGUGUCUGAGUCGCGAGAGCGCUCUGAGUCUUGGCAUGAAUCUCAUCAUACAAGCUUUGAAGCAGCUUCUUCUGUCGCGCUUGCGGAUGUGUCAUCCCAGGCUCAGUCUUACCAUGCUGCAACAAAUGACGCACCAACUCGCUCUUCGACUCGACCCCAGUCUCUGAUUCUUACUACUGGAGACGAGACCUCUCUUGCUCCAGUCUCAACACUUACGAGCACCACUACUGGUCGAAACGUAUCAUCUCCGACUCACUUACUGGAUAUGGCUCUUUCUGGACGAUACUCUGACCUGAAAAUUGUACUCGAUUCUGCUAGCCAUGCCUUCCCAUCUAGCACUUUCAAUGUCCAUCGUGUCAUUAUCUCACAGAGCCCGGCCCUUAGUGCAAUCCUGGAACGUGUAACGGAUACGAAUGCAACGAUCUGCAUAAUAGCAGCAAAGAGUUUCUGUCUCCCUCGCAGCUUUGAGUUUGCCUUAGAGCGUCACUAUGGUCUGGAGUUGAUCACCAAAGAUAACGUGUAUGAUUUUGCUCGGACAGCUCAUGGGGAAGUCGGUCAUGGGCUGACAUCUGACAUGCUGAAGAGAGCGGCCAUUGACAUGGUAUUGUGUUAUGGCGCCGCGGGGGCAUUUCUUGACCAACCUGACGUUGUCAACGCAGCAUUCAAUCUUGUCCUGGAAUUGUUUGACUGGAGCAGUCUUGAGACUGCACUACAAUUUGGGCUUUAUCCGGAGGAAUUUUUGUUGAUCUACAACAGCAGCAAAAGCAAGAGCAAUCAUAGCAAAAACAAUAGCAAAGCCAGCAAUGGUACCAACGAAACCAACGAGACCGACGGCAACAGCAACAGCAACAGCAACAGCAAUGAGAAGAAAAGAAAGAAGAGGCGGGGACUCCGAGGCAAUAAGGCGAACAGAAAUUUCGUUCCCAAUAAUUUGAACAGUGAUGUGGUUGAUAAAUGGGCUCCCAGGAUUGCUUCGGCUGCAAUCAACUUCUUAGUUCAAAACCUGCCAUCUGACUAUUACUUUGACCGCACCGGUCUGUCAAAAGAUCUCCAAGAUCGUAUUCCAUCCCGUUUGCGCAAAGAGUACAGCAUCGCGAACCGCAACCCGAUGCUAGCAGGUCUAGCUUUUGGCGAGCACCCUGUGCCUACUCCCGAGGCAAAUCGCAUAUCAGCCAUCAUCCUUGCUCUGCCGUUUUUACGAUUCCGCGAGGUCAUUGAGGAAAUGCGUGUUCGUAGACGUCUGAGCGGGGACAUGAUCAAGGCUAUCCUGCAAGAACGUGAAAUGCGUCGUGUCAGUGCUCUGCGAAUACAUGCGCAGCACGCCGAUGGGCAGGGUGAUGUGGAAAAUUUGAAGGAGCUAGGAUACCGCGAGUUUGCAGUCCAUAUACAGACUGUUGAAUAUCCAUUUGGCCCUGAUAUGGAGGUGAUUCAUCACGAAUACACUCUGCACCGUGAAUGGCGUGGGUACCAACCAGAAAGCGACCUACAGUCUGUUAUUCGAAAAUUUGCAGAGUAA